GAGAUGAAGGUGGGGUCCAGGGGCUCCCCGGGAAAAGGAAGCAGCCGCCAACCACCGGGACGCCGGCCUGUGACCUGGGAAAUCUCUGACUCGGAGCCCGAGAGCCCAUCCAGCUACCGUGCCGAGGGCCCUGGUGACCCAGGAGAGGUGAGAGCCGAAUCCAAGGGCCCUGGGGGCCUUGAUCUCCCAGCCGGUCCCGUGGCUGCUCCGGGGCGAGCCGGGCCUCGGGAAAGGGUGGGGAGAAAGGUACAAGAGGAGCUGGGGACUGCUGCUACUCGAGCCGAGGCCCGGAGGAAGAACCAGGAGCUGGAAAGGCAGAAGAGGAAAGAAACAGCUGAAGCCCUCCGGCUAAUGCGGCCGGACCGUUGCCUGAAGCACUUGACUGUCCUUCUGGACCCAGCUCUCCUGGAAAAUGCUGGCUCUGAUGUCCUAAUAGAGGCUUUGGUUUCCCUGAAAUGUGAGUAUGUCAUUGAGCCCCAGCCAUGGGUCCGAAGUCUCACCUGGAAGAGAAGAGUGCCAAGCAUCUGCCAGAGCAGUGCUGCUCCUGCUGCACUAUGGGUUGCAGAAGCUCAGGAAGUACUGAUGGUCCUGGAACCAGAAGAAUUUCUCAAAGGCCUAACCUCACUAGCACAGGGAUGUCCCACUGCUUGCUCUGUUCCUUGGAUUGUACCUGAGAAUGCUGCUGGCCAGACUCAUUACCACCUGGCUGUCAUUGGACUUGAAGCUUAUCACUGGUUUUCCCAGUCUGGUGUCAAGGGAGUUCAGCAAGAGUCAGAUGGAGUGGCAUCCAGCUCAAAGGUGGCUAUGACCCAACAGGAAGUAGAAGAGGCCUUGGUACUCCUGCAACUACAUAAGAACCUGGCUGUGCUGCUAGUACAUUCCUGGCAAGAGCUCAGCCAGCACGUGUGUGCAUUAACCAAGGCCAUUGCCCAACGACCAUACAAACAAUACAUGGAAACACAGGCCUUCUCCUUUUGUACUUCGGGGAGGUGGGCUGGUGGUGAGAGUGUGGCACAGGAUGGCAAGGGUCUUCGAGAGGCUUGGCGAAGACAGAUCCAGCAGUUCAACCGAGUCAGUCCCAGUAUGGCAGAUGCUGUCAUCACUGCAUUUCCUUCUCCAAAUCUGCUGAGGCAGGCAUAUGCAGUUUGUACCACAGAGCAGGAACGCCUGUCUCUGCUCAGUGAUAUUGCAGUGAAGAAAGAUGAUCAGAUUCAGGUCCGCAGAGUUGGCCCUGACCUAUCCCGUCGAGUCUAUCUAUUCUUAACAUCUACAAAUCCUGACCUUUUGCUGGAUUUGGGCGCAUAACUUUGGAGCUGAGGGAGUGGGCUACAGAUCUCCCCCCCUAACUCUUUGGGUCUGACACUCUUUAUGUAGAAAGGAGCAUAGCAGUAGACCGAAGCUUCCCCAUUCAGAACAUUUGAACUAGAAGAGACCUGGGAAAUGUUCAGGGCUUUGUGAAGGAACCAGUGAGAGAUAGCAAGAAUCUGAGAUAUAAUGUAGAAAUCGAAAGGAGCCAGUGGGAAAAGGGGGAUGUAAGGGAGUUCAAUGCAGAAAUUGUGAGGAGCAAGAAACACAAAUGGGCAUCAGAAUAAAGUGUGAGAUAUCAGUGAAGCUGAGCAAGGCUAUUUACUGGUGAAGACUUAAGGGGGCUAAUGUGACAACUAAGCCAGACAAUAAAAAACUGGUGGUGAU